AUGAUCAGAGGCGCCUGGAAGUGUAGAAGGAAAGAUGACGCCGUGUUAAAAAUCUGCUGCUCACCCGAACCCAGCGACAAACCCUGCGUCGACUCCGAGCGGGUUCAGAAAUGGCGAAUGUCUCUGGCCUCCCUGCUCUUCUUCACCGUCCUCCUCUCUGACCACCUCUGGUUGUGUGCGGGAGUCAAGCUGCGCUCGAGAGACAGGAGUCAGCGCAGAACCUGGGGAAACGCGAGCGACGGGACGAACCAGGCGACGCUAAACAAAGAGGACUGUGGGUUUUUUCUAAGCAAUCUGACCAAAUCUGCGCCGGUCAGCCAGCGGUGUGCCGACGCACAGAGCAGCCACGCGACCCUGGAGUCCGCGUGCACCACACUCUAUCGACAAAAGAGCUCAUCGGUUGGCUCCAUGUACUCUGACCCGCCGACCGUGUCACCGCACGCUUUCUUGGAGUACUUUCGAAACUUUAGCCUCUCCUUCUGCAACGCGUAUACGGUGGCGGAUCUUCUCGUGGGCAUGGCGAGCCCGGACGGUUUGAACUGCAGCCUCGCUCACGUCAUCCGGGACCUGUUCAGCGGCGGCCCGCAGGACGGGGAUGUGUGCAGCGCGUGCGUACAGGCGUAUGUCAGACUCGACCAACACGCUCAGGAAAAAUACGACGAGUUCGACUCCCUCGCGCUCAAGUAUCAGUCCGAUGACUAUUCGGUCAGAGCGCGCGCCCAGGACUGCCAGUCUGUCUACAAAGCGUGGCUGUGCUCUGAGUUCUUCCCCGCUGUGCAGCGUGAGUGUGUGAGGAGAAUCCCCUGUAAGCAAUACUGCCUGGACGUUCAGACCAGCUGCCCCUUCAUCCUCCCCGACAACCAAGACCUGGUCUACGGAGGCUUGCCCAGUUUUAUCUGCACAGGGUUACUAGAAGACUAUCCAGCCAAUGGCGGCCUAGAAUGCUGUGAUGUCAGAUGGAAUGGGUGUGACUCAGCGGCGGGAGCAGCAUGCGCCCUGAGCAGACUCCCAGGGUCAUGGUCACAGCAGCAGAGGUCAUCGUCAUCAUCAUCGUCGUCAUCAUCGGGGGCGACAUCGGGUGCCUGUCGUCUCUGUAGCAGCAGGCUGAAGCUGUGUGUCCUGGUUCUGUUCCUCUUACACACUGUCGUUUCCAUAACAACCGUCCAGCACGACAACAGUGUGGCUUUGGACGCUGUGCUGGUGUUGGAAGACGGUUCGGCCAGAGAAGAGUGA